UGUUAGUGCGCAUGCGCAAGCCUCCACGAGGCCGCCUGGAGGGAUAUCUCACCCAUUUCUAAAGACACUGCAUAAUUAAAUGGCAGUCACUCAGGACAGCCUCACGGCACUGGCCGGCUACCUCACACAAACACUGUCUGAGAAGUAUGAUGUCCGCAAGCCUGCAGAAGAUUACCUCAUCUCAGUAGAGGGGAGCCCCAACUUCACCAUGCUGCUAUUGCAACUGAUCGAGGCUGAGCAGGUGGACAUCACCAUUCGACUGGCAGCUGCCAUUAACUUCAAGAAUGUGAUUAAACGAAACUGGAGAAUUGUGGAGGAUCAGGAGAACAAGAUAUCUGCUGUGGACAGAGAGUUGGUGAAGAAGCACAUUGUGGGCCUCAUGUUGAAGACCCCUGAGGCCAUACAGAGACAGCUCAGUGAUGCCAUCACCAUCAUUGGUCGUGAGGACUUCCCGACAAAAUGGGAGGGGCUGCUACAGGAAAUGGUGAACCAUUUUAAAAGCGGAGACUUCCACAAGAUCAAUGGCAUCCUCCGCACCGCCCACUCGCUCACUAAACGCUAUCGCCACGAGUUCAAGUCGCAGGAUCUGUGGACAGAGAUCAAGUUUGUGUUGGAGCUGUUUGCUGAACCGUUCUCAGAGCUCUUCCAGUCCACCAUUACUCUAGUGGGACAACACAGCGGCAACAAGCAAGCUCUGCAGGUUCUGUUCAAUUCUCUGCUGUUGAUAUGCAAAGUGUUCUUCAGUCUAACGUCUCAGGACCUUCCCGACGAAUUCGCUGACGAGAAACUCGUGCCAUGGAUGAACCAUUUCCACUCUCUCCUCACGACCACCGACAAACUGUUGGAGACUGACGAUGACGAAGAAGCCGGUCCACUAGAGCUUGUCAAAUCACAAAUCUGCGAGAUAGCUGCUAUGUUUGCACAGAAAUACGAUGAAGAUUUCUCGACCUAUCUCCCACAAUUUGUGCAGUCCAUUUGGAAUCUACUAGUAUCCACGGAUAUCAAGCCCAAACACGAUCAUCUUGUGUCCAAUUCUCUCGAGUUUUUAGCGUCCGUUUCCGAGCGACCUACCUACAAAGAUUUGUUUGCUGACCCCACCACAUUGCGUAGCAUCUGCGAGAAAGUGAUUAUUCCAAACAUCCAGUUUAGAGAAGCCGACGAAGAAUUAUUCGAGGACAACCCUGAGGAAUAUCUACGACGCGAUCUAGAAGGAUCAGAUAUUGGCACAAGACGCCACUCCGCGUGCAAUCUCGUCCGUAGCCUUUGUCGUUUUUUCGAAGCUCCUGUGACUGAGAUUUUCACUGCCCACAUAAUGACAAUGCUGCAACAGUAUGCUACCGACCCUGCUGGCCAUUGGAAGGCUAAGGACUCUGCACUUUAUCUCAUCACGGCCAUUGCUGCUCGCUCCAAAACAAGCAAACACGGCAUCACAAAGACGAGCGAUUUAGUGAAUAUCACAGACAUCUUUGCCUCCCAGUGCCUUCCUGAACUACAGAAGCCUAAUCUAGCCGAGCAACCUGUUCUGCGAGCCGAUUCCAUUCGUUAUUUGACCAUAUUCCGGUCUCUACUACCUAAAGAGGUCUUACUGAGUGCUCUGCCCCUCCUCUGCCAUCACCUCACCUCACCUCAGCACGUUGUACACACCUAUGCCGCUCACUGUCUGGAGAAGCUAUGUAUAAUACGAGGACCCGAUGGCAACGCUAUAUUGCAAGCUGCCGACAUACAACCACACUUUGACGCACUGGUGGGGAACCUGUUCGGAAUAUUCAAGAUACAAGGCUCAGAGCAAAACGAAUACGCCAUGAAGGCCAUUCUUCGUGCCAUGUCUACCAUGCAGGACAAAGUGGCCCCAUACUCCGACACUCUCCUCAAGGAGCUCUCUAAGAAGCUCGCAGAAGUGAGCCAAAACCCCAGCAAACCCCACUUCAACCACUACCUGUUUGAAUCAAUUUGUUGCAUCAUUCGCCAUUCUUGUCGUGUGAACAUCUCUCUGGUUGAACAGUUUGAAUCAUCGUUGUUUCCACUUAUUGAGAGUAUUUUGGUGAGAGAUGUGAGUGAGUUCCUUCCGUACGUGUUCCAAAUCCUCUCUCUGCUCUUGGAGCUCCGCCCACUUCCCAUUCCACAGCCUUAUAUGGUCAUCUACCCUCUGUUACUUACGCCGGGUCUAUGGGAACGCACUGGCAACGUGCCUGCUCUGGUUAGACUGCUCCAAGCAUUUAUUGUGAAGGCCCCUUCUGAUGUCGUGACCGAGGAUAAACUGUCCGCUUUGUUGGGAGUCUUUCAGAAACUAAUUGCGUCAAAAACCAACGAUCACGAAGGAUUUUACCUCAUCAGCAGUUUGGUGGAAAGUCUGGAGCCUUCUGUACUAGCAUCACAACUCAAAGGCAUUUUCACACUGUUAUUUCAACGCCUUACGAGCAGUAAGACCACCAAAUACAUCAAGGGUCUGUUGGUUUUUUUCUCACUCUUUGCCGGCAAGUACGGAGGCUCGCAACUCAUUCUGACUAUCGACUCGAUUCAGCCCAAGCUGUUCCAAAUGGUUGUACAGAGAUUGUUUCUCCUCGACGUACAGAAAGUGAGCGGAACAACAGAGAGGAAGAUUUGUGCCGUUGGAAUCACCAAACUGCUCACUGAAACCCCGGAGAUGUUAUCACCUCCGUACGUUGACCUUUGGACCUCCCUCCUCCAAGCUCUCAUCAGUUUAUUCGAGCUCCCCCAAGACGACACGCUACCAGACGAUGAACAUUUUAUUGAAAUCGAGGACACCCCUGGUUAUCAGACGGCCUUCUCUCAGCUGAUAUUUGCCGGGAUCAAAGAGCAUGACCCGUUUGGAGGUGUGGUCCCGAAUGUCAAGGCCCAUCUCGCUACCAGUCUACACAAACUGUCCACACAGUACCCGGGAAAGUUACAGGGAAUGAUUCAAGCUGGGUUAACGGCCGAGGCCACGCGCUACUUACAGCAGUAUCUGCAGUUAGCUAACGUUUCAACUCUUAUGUAGUUAAAGAGUGUUUUAGUGACUGUGUAUCUGCUACUCUAUAAUAAUGUGUUUAAUACGGCAAUGAUUAUUAUUGAUUUGUGAAAUAAUUAUUGUUGACGGUAAUUUGUGUGUAUAAAA